AUGGUGCUGGUCGUCGUCGUCGUCCUGCUGUUCACUGAGCACAAGGUGGCAGACCCAAAAAUCGGCAAUGCCGAACCGUUCGGCUACACGGACUCUACUCGACAGAACCUCAGCGUCAGCACGCGGGACCGUCACCAGCGACGUGCGCCACUCCAGGUCACACCUCGACCCAAUUUCUGUUCGGUGAACUGGAAAGGAGGCAGCGACUUGCUGCCCGUCAAGAAGGAGGGCCCACCACUCUCGGUCCUGGAGAAAGCGAUGCCACACGUGAUGCCCGGCGGUCGCUGGUUUCCGACCGGGUGCACGGCCCGGCACCGAGCGGCUAUAGUGGUGCCCUACCGAGACCGGCUGAGCAACCUGCAAGCCUUCCUGCAGCACAUGCACCCGUUCCUCCAGAGCCAGCAGCUCGAUUACGGCAUAUACGUCGUGGAGCAGGUGUGGACGCCACCUUUAUAUCCCCCGGAAACGCUUCACAUAAGCGGCCCAAGCCUAGUAUAUAGAAGAGGCAACCGCCGUCACAGCUCGAGUCAUCCUUCACUGAACACGUUCAUGAACUCAUCGUUCAUGCACUCUUUCGCGCAGAACGACACGGAAGGGUUCAAGCGCGCGAAGCUGUUCAACGCGGGCUACGAGAUUGCCAAGGCGAUGCACAAUCACAGCUGCUUCAUCUUCCACGACGUGGACCUGCUGCCGGAGAACAGGCGCAACAUGUACGCUUGCAAUGAAGGAGGCCCAUUCCACUUGCCUACCUGCAUCGACCGAUGGAAUUACACGGUUAUCUAUCCGGGCGCAUUCGGAGGUGUGUGUGCCAUGCACACCGAGCACAUGGAGAAGCUCAACGGCUUCUCGAACUUGUUCUCGAAAUGGGGUGGCGAGGACGACGACAUGGCGCGCAGGAUCUGGCUGCUAAGGCGCAGCUUCUUCCGCAGUUUCAAGGACGGCCUCAACAGCCUGAAGUACAGCGUACUCGACAUUGUCUUCAAAAAGCUCUACACCCACAUCACGGUGGACAUCUCUGAUUCCGGCCUAAGAAAAGAACGAUAUAGGACGGGCAACUGA